UUGUUUUAGAUUCCAAACGAAAACUGAAACUGAUGCCCGACCGAACCAGUCGGUUCUCUUUUAUACCCGUAGAAUGGUGAGCGCUGUUCCGCCCCUUCGCUUCGUUUGCUACUUCAUCCAUUUCGUUCGUACCAUCCUAGUAUGAGUGCAGCGCAGGGCUACGCAUGUAUAAAAGAUACCCUCAUCCGGUGAAAUCACCAUCAGUACCGCUUACGUACGCUUCGUGAACGUUUGUUUCUCAAGUCCACUCAAACUCAACCACAAAAUGUCUGGCCGCGGCAAAGGAGGCAAAGUUAAGGGAAAGGCAAAGUCCCGUUCCAACCGCGCUGGAUUGCAGUUCCCAGUCGGUCGUAUUCACCGUCUGCUCCGGAAGGGCAACUAUGCCGAGCGUGUCGGUGCCGGCGCUCCAGUCUACUUGGCUGCCGUUAUGGAAUAUCUGGCCGCUGAAGUGCUCGAAUUGGCAGGAAACGCUGCCCGUGACAACAAGAAGACCAGAAUCAUUCCCCGUCAUCUGCAGUUGGCCAUCCGCAACGACGAAGAAUUGAACAAGCUGCUGUCCGGUGUUACCAUCGCCCAAGGUGGUGUUCUGCCCAACAUUCAGGCUGUCUUGCUGCCGAAGAAAACCGAGAAGAAGGCAUAAGUUACUACACUGCGUGCAUCAAACCAAAAACCGUCCUUUUCAGGACGACAA